GACAAAUGACAACUCUCUAAUGCCUCACCUGUUGUUUCUUAACUAUAAUGCCACACUGUCAUUUUCGAUGAUAAAUAAAGAAAAGUAUUCUAAAAAAAAAAAAAUAAUUUUUAUAAAUUAAUUAAAAAUACGAAUUACUUCUAAAGUUAUUAUCAUCCAAAGUUGCUAUAAACAAUAAUGCCGAGAUGUCCACUUCGGCAAUAAAUAUUCUCGAUGUAAAGGGAAAAGUUCUUAUUUCAAGAAAUUAUCGCGGUGACAUUGAAUCGGGUUUAAUUGAUAAAUUUAUGCCAUUGGUAUUGGAACGUGAAGAAGAGGGUAAUUUAACGCCAAUAAUACAAACAGAUGAUUGCACAUAUUCCUAUAUAAAAUACAAUAAUCUUUAUAUUGUAUCGACAACAAAAAAAAAUGCCAACAUAUCAUUGGUAUUUGUAUUUUUACAUAAAAUAGUACAAGUAAUGAGUGAAUAUUUUAAAGAAUUAGAAGAGGAAAGUAUUAGGGAUAAUUUUAUAGUUAUUUAUGAAUUACUUGAUGAAUUACUUGAUUUUGGUUAUCCACAAACAACAGAUAGUAAAAUACUUCAGGAAUAUAUAACACAAGAGGGACAUAAAUUAGAGAUACAACCACGUAUACCAAUGGCAGUUACAAAUGCAGUAUCAUGGCGUUCUGAGGGUAUAAAAUAUCGUAAAAAUGAAGUAUUUUUAGAUGUAAUUGAAUCAGUGAAUUUAUUAGCAAAUGCAAAUGGAAAUGUAUUAAGUUCAGAAAUUGUUGGUGCAAUUAAAAUGCGUGUCUAUCUAUCUGGUAUGCCUGAAUUACGUUUGGGAUUAAAUGAUAAAGUAUUAUUUGAAUCAACAGGACGUGGUAAAUCAAAAUCAGUUGAACUUGAAGAUGUUAAAUUUCAUCAAUGUGUACGUUUAUCAAGAUUUGAAAAUGAUCGAACAAUAUCAUUUAUACCGCCUGAUGGUGAUUUUGAAUUAAUGUCAUAUCGUUUAAAUACCCAUGUGAAACCAUUAAUUUGGAUUGAAUCAUUAAUUGAAAGACAUGCACAUAGUCGCGUUGAAUAUAUGAUAAAAGCACGUUCACAAUUUAAAAGACGUUCAACUGCUAAUAAUGUGGAAAUUGUUAUACCAGUGCCAAAUGAUGCUGAUUCACCAAAAUUUAAAACAACAAUUGGUAAUGUUAAAUAUUCACCUGAACAAAGUGCAAUAACAUGGACAAUUAAAUCAUUUCCGGGUGGUAAGGAAUUUUUAAUGAGAGCACACUUUGGUUUACCAUCGGUUGUCAGUGAAGAUGUUGAGGGUAAACCACCAAUACAAGUGAAAUUUGAAAUACCAUAUUUUACAACAUCAGGUAUUCAAGUUAGAUAUUUGAAAAUUAUUGAAAAAAGCGGUUAUCAAGCAUUACCCUGGGUACGUUAUAUUACACAAAAUGGUGACUAUCAACUGAGAACAAAUUAAAAUUAAAAAAAAAAUUCUUACAGCCAUUCCAUAUUUAAAAUUUGGAAUUUUUUUCAACUUUUCAAAUUUUUUUUU